ACCCUAUUAAUAUAUUCCGGGAAACACAAGGCAGGUCCUGCUUUUGGAGAUCUCUGGAUUUGUUCCUUUCAUUUAUUUGAGUACCUGCUCAGGAAACAGUGACAAUGGAUAUUCGUGUGAAUUUCCUGACAAGCAUAAUAUUCAACGUGAUACUGAUAUUUCAUGAAUCCGAUUGUGUGGAAUUGCCCAAAGUGGAAAGGUCUUUGACAAAAAAUGGCUUUCAUAGAGAACUAACAACAAAGAUUACCUUUGGAAGAUCUCUAUUUAGAAAUUUGUCUAACUGUGAUGUGAUGUUAUUGGAGUUACUUCCCCCUGGUGCCUAUAUUGACCCAUUCCAGCUGCGUUCACUUCGGGAGUUUGGUGGUCCAAGGUUCAUCAGUAAUCCAGUGGAUGUAGAACAGCCUGAAUAUCUUGCUCCAUCUUUGAAUGUUUCCUUGUAUACAUCUCCUCUGAGUGAUGAUGUGGACAGCCUGAUGACCAGUGUCACUAUACCAGUACAUCUCCGGUAUCACAGACCCUCGUCCAGUUCAGAAAACAUAUCUGUCAUCAUACCAAACCCUAUGCUUCUUUUAUCCUGUACAGCCAAAGAUUACACUGGAGCUGUGAUUGGUGUAGAAGAUCUCCCUUGUACAAGUGCCACAUUGAUCAAAUGUAGAUGGACAGUAGUCAAAUACUUAUCAGAUGUUGAUGCUAUUGAAGUAACAGUGCCUGUUGGUCAAACCAGCCACACAUUACUAGUGGUGGUAGGAACGCUACUAAUGACAGUCGCAGGAUCUUUCAUCAUCUUAUUGAAAACAUUGAAAUUUAAUCACAGAAAUAAAGAAAAGGUCAGCUGAGAUCAGAAACAUAU